UUCUCUGGUGAGAAAAUAAAGUGAAAGAAGAUGCCAAUGGCUGCCGUAAACACGAAAGAAGUCAAUAGAGGAGCUUGGACAGCCGAGGAAGACAAAAAGCUGGCUCAAGUCAUUGAAGUUCAUGGUCCAAAGAGAUGGAAAUCAAUUGCAGCAAAAGCAGGUCUUAAUCGAUGUGGGAAGAGCUGCAGAUUGAGAUGGAUGAAUUAUCUGAGACCCAAUAUAAAAAGAGGCGACAUAUCAGACCAAGAAGAGGAUCUCAUACUAAGGCUUCAUAAACUGCUUGGAAAUAGGUGGUCUUUGAUUGCCGGAAGACUACCAGGCCGAACUGAUAACCAAAUCAAGAACUAUUGGAAUUCUCAUUUAAGCAAGAAAGUAAGGCGAAACGAGAACCAAAACAAAGGCUCGGAAGCACAAAAAUCGGUGCUCGAGAACUCGAAAGAAACCGAGAUGAUCAUGGGAUCGACCGGAAGCGAAGAAGGUACAUCAAAGAGAGAUGAAACGUUACACGAUUUUGGCAGUGAGGAGCCUCUUGAUUGGGAGUGGAUGAGUGACUUCAUUGAAAUGAACGAGAGCUGGUUCAACUUUGCAUGAUAUUUGAACUCU